UAUGUCCAAGAGAUGCCCCGAACCAAGACGUUCCUGAAUCUCUGGCUCAUGACUAUCGUCUUGAGCUCGGUCCCCUACGGUCUUUCCACCACCUUCUUCUACACGCUCGGAAACGGUGGACCCCUUGUCGCCCUUUGGGACUGGAUCAUCAUGUCCUUCAUCUACGUCUGCGUCGCUACCUCCCUCGGCGAGAUUGCGUCCAAAUACCCUGUCUCUGGCGGCGUAUACUACUGGUCAUACAUGCUCGCGCCUCCCAAGCUGGCCCCUCUGAUGUCGUGGAUCGUCGGAUGGCUCGCUGUUGUCGGGAACAUCACCGUCACCCUCGCUGUCAACUUUGCCACCACCCAGUUGAUCCUGUCGUCGGUCAUUCUGUUCUACCCCGACUAUGUCCCCCUGCCGUGGCACACCGUUCUCGCGUGCUGGGCGACGAUCCUUCUCCUCGGUGUCAUUGCUAUCCUGGGCCAGCGGUACCUCCCUUACGUUGAUAUGUUCACCAUUGCUUGGAUCGUCGCAGCUGUGCUUGCUACCGUCAUCACGCUCCCGAUUAAAGCUGCUCUAGGUCGCCGUUCGGCCGCGGAGGUCUUCACCGAGUUCAUGGACAUGGGCGCUGGAUGGCCAGUAGGAAUGCAAUGGGUGCUUGGACUCAUCCAGGGCGCGUACUGCUUCAGUGCCACCGGAAUGUUGCCCGCCAUGUCUGAAGAGGCCAAGUCUCCGGAGACCACCAUCCCCCGAGCUAUCAGCGGUCUCCUGGGCUUCAUGUUCCUCCUUCCCAUCAUGUUCACCCUGGGCGACCUCGCGACUAUCCUCGCUAGCCCGACUGGCCAGCCCUUGCCCGAGAUCUACCUCGAGGCUACUGGGUCCAACUCGGCCGCGUUUGGGUUGUUCUUCCUCAUCCUUGUCAUCGGUCUUUCUUGCGGUCUUGCUUGCUCGCAGGCUACUUCCCGAUGCGUCUGGGCUUUCGCUCGUGACGGCGGUCUUCCCGGCCAAAAGUGGCUCAGCAAGACGUCCAAGCGCGCCGAGAUGCCCCUGAACGGCUUCAUCCUCCAAUCGGUCAUCCAGUGCGCCCUCGCCUGCAUCUACUUUGGAUCGACCGCCGCUUUCAACGCCUUCCUCGGUGUCUCGGUACUCUGCCUCGGCGGAUCUUGCUUUGUGCCUAUUCUCUUGUCGUUCUGCGGCGGACGGAAGCAGAUUAUGGGCACCAAGUUCUAUAAGGGCAAGAUUGGGUUUGCUGCGAAUGUUGUGGCCAUCAUGUGGUUCAUCCUCGCCAUCCCUAUUCUGUCCUUCCCGACUAUCCUCCCCGUCACCGAGGUCAACAUGAACUACGCCGCUGUAGUCUUUGUCGGCUUCGCACUCAUCUCGGUUAUCUGGUACGUCAUUCGCGGUCGGUCGCACUACCGCGGCCCUCCCGACGGGCACACCGGAUUGUAA